AUGGAGGCUUGCAAUACAGUAGAGCGUGAACUUGACAAAGUUUUACUUAAAUUCACUGACAUCAACGAUCAAGCUGGAGCUGUUUUGAGGGAUUUAAUCAGUGAAAUUGAGACUUUUAAACGGGAAUUGGAUCAAGCUCCCCCAGAUCAAGAGCUAACCCCAAAGCAGAUUGAAAUUCUGAAGCAGUCAGUGAGCAAAGUCCGUGACACAGUGCAUCGACUGGCUACAGACCACCGCGAGUCCCACAGUACUGUCUCGAAAGUCGGGAAAGCUAUUGACAGAAAUUUUAUCGCAGACUUUGCCAGCACCAGCCGUGAAGAUGUCUUCAAUGGCACGGAGAAGACGCAGCUGCUUAACCAGGUCAUCUGUCAGCAUUUUUAUCGACAGGGAAUGCUCGAUAUUGCUGAAGAAUUAGCUGCUGAGACGGGAAUAAAGACUGAUGACAGUAAAAAGGAGCCAUUUAAUGAACUCAACAAAAUUUUAGACUGCCUGAAGCAGCGAAAUUUAGAACCAGCGUUGGAGUGGACUAAAAACCACCGCGAUGCCCUGCUGGCCCAAAAUUCCUCUUUGGAGUUCAAGCUCCACCGUCUCCAGUUCAUCAGACUGGUCCAACAAGGUCCAAGCAGCCAAGCAGAAGCAGUGAUGUAUGCUCGGAAAAAUUUGACCCAGUUUGUGACUCGCCACGAAAAGGAGGUUCAGUCUUUAAUGGGGACGCUUCUGUACCUCCCGAAUGGGAUCCAGUCUUCGCCUUACAGCCAUUUGCUGGAUCCGAAUCUUUGGCUGGAUAUUCACGAUGUUUUCACCAAGGAAGCAUGCACUUUGUUGGGACUCAGUGUUGAUAGUCCUCUGUCUUGUAAAUGCGGGAUGUACAGCAUUGCCGGCAUUGCUAAAUAUCAAGCAAGUUAUGCAACAGAGACAAUAUUCGCAUGUCCAAUCCUGAGACAACAGAGUACCGAAAACAAUCCACCAAUGAAGUUGGUCUGCGGUCACGUAAUAUCUCGUGACGCAUUAAAUAAAUUAACAAAUUCAAACAAGCUCAAGUGCCCCUACUGUCCCGUCGAGCAGAACCCGGAGGAUGCAAGGCUCAUUUAUUUUUAG